UUCUACUUUCAAAACGGUCGCACGCUUGCUUUCUAUUUGAUUUCUCGUCUUAUUUUUUUCCAACGAUUUUUGUUAACAAUUUACCGUGCAUUUUGUUGUCUGUGUGUGAAUGUGAACGCGCUCGACAGAAACAAUCUAUGUCAAAAGCGAAAUUCCCCGAAUCGCAACGAAAAUGCUGACAAACAACGAAUCAUCAAGGUGAAACUGCGCGCCCCACAGCUGGCAUUGACUCUUUACUCUUCUAUCUCCGUGUACCUCGGCUCUCUCUCUGCUGCAAGCCCAUGUUCCCGCCCCCCCAGGAAGACAGCUUUCGGAUUCACAACAACAUUUGAUUUUGGAAAAAGGCAGCAGGAAAAUUUUGGCGGCGAUUUUACAAAAUACAAAAUACUAAACAUAAGCAACAGCAGCAGCAACAACAACAAGAGGAACGGCGCUAGAUGGAGCACGCACACACACAGAGUAGGCGAACGUAAAUACGUUGGAAACACACGCACACAAACACAGUAUUGUAUAGUGAAGAGUGCUGUGUGUGUGUAUAGUCAUCUCACUUUAACAGCCACGGCAAAGGCAGCGCAUUGGCUGACAGAGCGAGACGGCUAGACGCGCGCCUGUUGUACGCUUUUCCCUCUUGUAUAUUUUGUAUUUUUUUUUUCGUGUUGAUGUACGUGUGCGAGAGUGCCAAAUGUCAUCGGAAAUUACAACACUGCGAGACGUUUAGAAGGCAGCAGCACCAGCAGCAACAACAACUGGAAACGGGCUGUGGAAGAGGAAGAGCAGCCGAAACUGAACAACAAGAAGAAGAAGCUGCAGCAGCAGCAAAAACAUAAACAAAAACACAACACAAAUUAAGACAAUGUUGCCAGCAAAAGGCGGCAGUAGCAACCAGACCCAGAUCCAGACCACUACCAACACCAAUAGAUGCCUCAUCAAGUCGGCCAUUGAACGAACGGUGGUGCGUUUAAAGGAAACAACGGCACCUAACGGCGGCGAGCAGGAUGUGACCCGUGUGGAAUACGAUAUUAUUAACUACUAUGCGGAUGCCGCAACGCCCCGCAUUGCUACCGUUAGUCCCCACCAUCAUCAUCAGCAGCAACAACAGCAGCAGCAGCAGCAGCCAUUGUCAUCGUCCUCCACUUCCCAUAGCAGCAGCAACGGUGAAUGCCAUCCAGCACUGGAUGCCAGCAGUGUUGUUGUUGUUGCGCCGGCGAGAAACACUACGCCGCCUCGAAGCAUGGAAAUGGACGUGGAAGCGGCGGAAGCACCAGCGAGGCCUUUGAACCAAAAGAAACGGGAGCCGGAACAACCUCGAUCUCGGGGCGGUGGCGCCGUACAAUCCCGUCUACGCCGGCAUCCACGAUCACAGCAGCAUACCGAGUCUAGCACCGGCAGAUCCAAUUCAAAUUCACCAACCAGCCCCGCUUCCAAUCCCUCGCCCUGCUCCACAUUGGGUGUUAAUAUGCGCGUAACGGGACAGUGCAGCCAAGGGGGCAGGAAGUACAUGGAAGAUCAAUUCUCCGUUGCCUAUCAAGAAUCACCGCUUACACACGAGCUGGAAUACGCGUUCUUUGGCAUUUACGACGGCCACGGUGGCCCCGAGGCGGCCCUAUUUGCCAAGGAGCACCUAAUGCUGGAGAUUGUCAAGCAGAAGCUGUUCUGGUCGGAUCAUGACGAGGAUGUGCUGCGAGCUAUACGCGAAGGAUAUAUUGCCACACAUUUCGCCAUGUGGCGAGAACAAGAAAAAUGGCCCCGCACUGCCAAUGGACACCUGAGCACCGCUGGCACCACCGCCACAGUGGCCUUUAUGCGUCGCGAAAAGAUUUAUAUAGGCCAUGUCGGCGACUCUGGCAUCGUCCUGGGCUACCAGAACAAGGGUGAACGCAACUGGCGGGCCCGUCAAUUGACCACGGAUCAUAAACCGGAAUCGAUGGCGGAAAAGAUGCGCAUCCAGCGUUCCGGUGGCAAUGUGGCCAUUAAAUCCGGUGUACCCCGUGUGGUAUGGAAUCGACCCAGAGAUCCAAUGCAUCGUGGACCGAUCCGUCGCCGAACCGUGGUCGAUGAUAUACCCUUUUUGGCGGUGGCUCGAUCCUUGGGCGAUCUCUGGAGCUAUAAUUCCCGCUGCAAAGAGUUUGUGGUCAGUCCGGAUCCCGAUGUUAAGGUGGUCAAAAUAGAUCCCAAUACAUUUAGAUGCCUUAUCUUUGGCACCGACGGCCUGUGGAAUGUGGUUACCGCCCAGGAGGCGGUGGACAGUGUACGCAAAGAGCAUCUUAUUGGCGAGAUACUCAACGAGCAGGACGUUAUGAAUCCCAGCAAGGCUUUGGUGGAUCAGGCUCUCAAGACCUGGGCCUCAAAGAAGAUGCGGGCGGACAAUACGUCCGUGGUAACUGUGAUACUAACACCGGCGGCGGCGGCGGCUACAGCCUCCUCUCAUCAAUCCCAGACAGCAGCAGCAGCAGCUCAGUCUGCUUUAGCCCGUGAUCCCGACAUGGAUGUUGAGCUGCUGCUAGAGGUGGAGGAGUGUGAGGAUGAUGAGGAUGAUGUAGAUGCACCUGUGGAUAUCGAAAACAAUUGUCCGCAUCUGAGUGUCAUUGAGGAGGAUGAAUAUGUCCUGGAUACGCCAUACAGUGCCUUGGCCAAGCGUCAUUUGCCACCGGAAGCCUAUCGUGACUUUGAUUACUUUGCCUUGGAUGAGGAUACACCCGAUGAGGAUGAGGAUGAGCCCGAGGAGGACGAUGAGGAGGAGCAGAAGCAACCUUUGGAGGUGAAUCAUAAACUAGAACAAAGCUUGUUUAGGCGCAAAUCCACGUGGAAUGGUGAAACUGAACUGGAACCCGAUCCUGAACCCGAUGAGGAGAGACCAGUAUUGGAUAUGUGCGCCAUAUAUGCCAACUCCAUAGCAUCAGUGCCGCCAGCAGCAGCAACGAAUCCAGCAGCAAAUAACGAUUUGGAGCAGCAUCUGGAGAGUAGCUAUAGCUUUGCCGAAUCCUAUAAUACCCUGCUAAAUGAACAGGAGGAGCUGGAGGCGGCACGUUCUCGUUCAGCGGCAGCCGAGGCGGCGGCGGGAGCAGCUGCAUCCAGCCCAUCUUCUGUACAUUCCCCAUCCGUUGUGGUGGAUCGCAGCAUGCAGGAGAUAAUCCAGGAGCAGCAGCACUAUCAACAGCAGGAGGGUUACUCUCUUACCCAGCUGGAAACGAGACGCGAACAGAUGCAGCAGGAACGGGAACAGGAGAGUCAGCCUCAGGUGGCGGCGGCGGAGGCAUGGCAACAGCCUGCAGAGCUGCUUGAACUAGAUGCCUUGCUGCAGCAGGAGCGUGCUGAAGAGGAGCAAGUGGCUCUAGAGCAGCAGCAGCAACAGGAGCAACAGCAACAGCAGCAGCAACAGCAGCAGCAACAACAGGAGCAACAGCAGCAGCAGCAACAAGAGCAACAGCAACAGGAUCAACAGCAACAGCAGCAACAGGAGCAGCAACAACAUCAACAUCACCAGGAACAGCUCCAAAUGGAGGUGGCCAGCAGCAGUUCAGGUCAACAGGACUUUGGUUACACGUCUAACCAUUGGGCUACAACCCAGCACCAAGGACUCCAUGUGGAUAAAGUCACGGACAGCAUAGAGAUGGAUGUGGAUCAGGAGCAGCUGCAGGACAAUGAAGUCAGUUCCACAUUGCCGGCAACACCAACGCGGCAAAUGGAACAAAUAGAUGCAGCAGCAGCAACACCCGAACCGGAGCAAGCAAAGAUCCAAGAAGUGACACAAGGCCUGGCUGCUGUCCUAGAAACUGUGGCUGAAAUACGCAAAGAAGAUGCCCAUGCUGUGCACUACAUCUUUGAACAGAUUCAGAAGCUGCAAGAACAGGUUGAAAUCUCACCGGUUGUGGCCAAUCCUGGUGUCGGGGAAGCCCUCGAGCCACGAAUCCGUCAAAUGCGACGGUAUCGCAAUGUGCCCAAUGAGAAUCAUCAGCACAUGCAGACGCGUCGCCGUCAGAUCUUUAAGCAUGGCAAACCCAAAUCCUUUAUCAAUGCCAGUGCCGCCGCCAUUGUGGCCUAUAGUGAUAGCAGUAGUAGCAGUGGAGGAGUAGGAGGAGUUGGAGGAGGAGCUAGUGGUUCCACUAAUACCAUAGAUCGUGUGGGUGGCGGAGGAGUAGGACCAGUUCAGCCUUCAUCGGCCGUGGCAGUCACACCUGCAAAUCGUCGUCGUACUGCCAGUUCCACGGCUGCCAGUUCCACGGGCAUGACCACCCGACGCAGCCACAGUCACAGCUUGAGUGCCAGCGCCGCCAGCGUUAGCAAGCGUCAGCUGCGUAGCAGUCUUUGCAAUCUGGCUUUGGGCCAUGACAUAACCAAGCGUACGCUGCGGACCAGAAAUGUCCCAGGAACACCGCCAGCUGUUGUUGUGGGUCCAAGUGGAGUCAAUGCCGCAGCCAGCACAACGCGUGUUAACUCUAAUCCCGACAGCAGCAGGAGCAGCAGCAGCAGCGGAAGCAACACCACCUCCAAUUCGAGACGCCUGAAACGAGUUCACAACGAUCGAGAGCAGAGACGCAGCUUGCGUAGGAGCAACUUAAGUGCACCUGGUGUUGCCACGCGCCUUCAAGCCUGCAAUGGAGGAGCCAUUUCGGCCAGGCCACCACCCUCGCCCAAGAAGCUAAAUGCCUCAGUGCCCACGCUGGCCAUAGGUACCCGAGCAUACACGGCGGCACUGGCGGCGGCAGCAGAUCAUCUCAACAAGCGGUGGUCUCUAAGAAGCAGCAGCAGUAAUGGCAGUGGCGGUGGAAGCAUGAUGACGGCCAUCAGUUGUUACAGUGCACGCAGUCGAGCAGCGGCGGCAGCAGCAGCAGCAGUAGCAGCAGCAGGAGGAGGAGCAGGAGCCGCAGCAGGAGCAGGAUUAACAGAAGCAGGCAUUGGAGGUGGCGCUGGAUUGCUAGCAAGUGGAGCCACGCGACGCCGCUAAAAAAACAAACCCUAAAGUAAUUUAAAAAUUAAAAAAAUAAUAAAAAUGAGCGAGCAACUUGCAAGUACAAAUCCCAAGCAACGGAAAAUCUAUAAAAAUUGAAAUGUAAAAGAAAAAUCCAUUGACAGACUUUGUCGUUUAAUCGUAACAAAAAAAAAAAAAAAAAAAGAAAAUUUUUUGUAUGUGCACAACACAGACACAAAUAUGAGAUGAGAUGAUAUAUCGUUGUA